AUGGCACUGCCGGUGACAGGCGGGAACGACUACCUGCCGUUGCGCCCUUCUGGCGAGGCGUACUACCCGGCCAAGCGACGCAAUGCCGAUGCCGUCAACGAUGACUUCCACUGUCCUCAGCACAAGCGGACAAAAUACCCUCAGCACUCCCAAUUUGCCGACCCCGUGGCCUACAAGGUCGUAGACGAGCCACCACUCAGCUACUCACCCUUUCACCCGCACCAUCCACAUCACCGGUACCCCUCGCCACUCCCUCACCUCCCGUCUCCGGAACCACCUGGGACCGCGGCCCCGGCCAUGGAGCGGACCGCCUCGGGCCACUCAAUCCGCUCGGACCCCACCGAGCGGUGCGCCUCCACCGAGCUCCUCGAAGACCACGAAGCCGCCCAGCGCGUUCGCGACCAUCUGGCCACCUUCCGCCGGCGCAACCCCGACUCGAAGCACGAGCGCAUCCUCCGCAGCAUCAUCAACCCCCGCCAUCAUCACCACCAACACCGACAUGAUCCCUCCUCGUACCCGCUCGACAACGAAGCCCUCGAGUCCAUCUUUUCAGCCGCCAACGAAAUCUUCUUCAACGGCCGCCUUUCCCAGCGCGUGUCCUGGGACUGGUCCCACUCCUCGGCCGCGCGCUACGACGCCCGCGUCGUUGGGACCACCGCCCUCCGCCGCGCGGCCGCCCACACGCGCGGGUUCGAGACGCUGAUUGUCUUGUCUUCUCCCAUCCUGCGCGACCCGCAGUACUCGCGCCGGCUGCUGAUUAGUACCUUCUUGCACGAGCUGAUUCACUGCUAUCUGUUCAUUUGCUGUGGGUUCCGCGCGAGGUGGUGUGGUGGGCAUACUGACGGGUUUCGGGACAUUGCGGCGGUAAUUGAUGAGUGGGUUGGGGAAGGCGGCGGGUUGUAUCUGAGGAGGGUCGAGGCCGAUUUGGACUUGUUUCGGGUUGGCGGC